UCUCCCUCACUCUCUCUCUCUCUCUCUCUCCUCGCCACUCGCCCCCAACUUUGUCCUCGUCUUUAUCGUUACGCUGCUGCUUUUUUCCGGCGACCCAAAAACCGCAGCGCUCGCCCGGUACGCCUCUUCGAUUUUGGGUAUAAAGUUCCAAUUUUUUUUUCAUAUGGGUUCUUACUUUUGCUGUGUACGUUAGAGAUUUUGCACCCACCGGGAUCAAAUUUUGGUGGGUUUUGUGAAUUGGGCAUCGAGUUUCUGAUGCUUUUGGAGAAAUGGGUUGUCGGUGAUGUUUUGGUAUUUCAGUAGUUGGACUUGUGUGGCUGCAUGCGUUGUUUGAUUUCUGCUGGGUUUAGCUAACUGGGUUGUGCGGUUAAUCUGUUUGUUCUCCAACUUUCGUACGAUUUAAGUGCUUUUAGGUGAAGUGCUUCCUGUACCUAUUUGUUCUGUCUUAGUAGCUGAGAGGGUUAAUUGAUUUAGAAGGGACCGGUGAAAAUACUGAGGAGUUAGUUCUUGUUGUUCGUAGUAAGAAAAAAAUGGUCAACAGUGGUACCCGGAAAGGCCGAGGGGCAUCCUUUGGAAAAGGAAGUAAGAACAAGAGAAAAUUAGCUGACCCUUCUCCAGAGAAUGCAACUAAACCCGGUUCACCCCUAACUGUAACCCCUCAGAGUGAAUUACCUUUGGAGGAAUGCCAAAAAUUGAGUGACAAUGAGUCAGCAGAGGCUGGGGUGGUUCAGCCCAAAGAAGAAGUGGAAGUGGGAGAUUUUGAGUGUGCAGAUUGGGAUGACCCAAUUGUGUGCCAGCUUGAAGAACUAUUGCUGUCUUAUUUGCAAGCAAUUUUCCGGAGUGCAAUUAAGCAGGUAGCUGAACAUGGGUACAGUGAGGAGGUUGCUGAAAAGGCUGUUUCGAGAGGCGGCCUUUACAUUGGUGGUAAAGACCCUCUAGAAAGUAUUGUUAGUGAUACUCUGGAGUUUCUUAAGAAAGAGAAAGAUGUUGAUGCCUCAAAUGAUCAGUUUUUUAAUUUGCAGCACCUGGUGGAAUACACAAUGCUAGAAAUGAUCAGUGUGGUUAGGGAGGUCAGGCCAUCGUUAUCAGUUGCCGAAGCAAUGUGGUGGCUGCUGAUAUGUGACUUGAACAUUUUGCUAGCCUGUACAUCGGAAGGGGAUCCAUUUAGUGCUCUUGGUUUUGAAGAAUCCUCUGAUUCUUCUUCUCCCCAAUUAAGCUCAAAGGCAGACGAAGCAAAUCCCUCAAAGCCACCACCUGCCCAUGCUCAAAAGAAUCCUCCUGAAGCACUCAAAUUUGGAAGUUUCCGUAAACAUUCUCAUGCACCCGAAGAGGUAACUUCUGAGAAAGAUAGUUUGUCAUCUAUGCUAGAUAGUCUGGAAAAAUGCUUAGGAUUCACUGGUGAAAAUGUCCAAUCAAUAUCUCAGACAUCUACCUCUGAAGAAAAGUCAGGAGCUCUAAAGGGGCGCACCAAGAAAGAAUUAGCAGCACUUCGGAAGAAGUCCGUCCAUAUGGAUCGAAAUUACAGCGCUUAUGAGAAAAGAGGAGGCUUCAAAUCAGGGAAAGUCACGAUUGGUGGUUUUGUUCUAGAGAAGAGGCUAAAGCCUCCUCCUGAAAUUCCCGAUGAACAAGCAACAGUUGCAUCCUCAAAGUCAAGUGCCAAAGCUGGAGCCACCAUCCCUUCUUCUGAUGGAAGACAUCAUGCUUCAACCAAGAUUUCAUCUGCUUCGCUAGCAACUGGUGGCACAGUAACAUUACCUAUAUCUUACUUGCGACCCGCAGAUCCCAAGCUUUCCCAGAAGUCUUGUUUGGAAAAGAAAUCUGGACCUAAGGCUAAGACCCCGGCAUCCCCCAAGAAUCAUGAUUGCUGUGCUGGUUUGCCAUGUGAUGACAAGUCUCUAGGAAAGGAUAUCCCAAGAGAUGAGAUUGAUGAGCUGUUUUUGAAGGCAGUUCCUCAGCUGAAGGAUCUUGUUCCUCUUGAUUACUGUGCUGGCAUCCCAUAUGACAAGUCCCUAGGAAAGUAUGUCGCGCAAGAUGAAAGGGAUGAGCUGAUUUUGAAUCUAGUUCCUCGGCUGGAGGAGCUGCACAAUGAACUAGAAAGCUGGACUAAUUGGGCCAAUGAGAAGGUCAUGCAGGUUUCGCAUAGGCUUGGUAAGGAACGACCUGAACUUAAAAUACUGAGGCAAGAGAAGGCAGAAGCAGAGAAAUUUAAAAAGGAGAAACAAAUGUUGGAGGAGAACACGGUGAAGAGAAUCUCUGAGUUAAAGAAUGCAUUAAGUAAUGCAACUGACCAGGUUGAGAAAGCUACCUCUAAAAUCUGUAGGCUUGAGUUGGAGAAUUCCACUCUGAAAGAGGAAUUGACUGCUGCCAAAAGAAUGGCUGUAGAGUCCGUUGCACGUAACCAGGAAGCAUUAGAGAGGGAGCAGAAGGAACUGAAAAGGGCCCAGGUAUGGGAGGGGCUGAGGAGCGCAUUGCAGGAAGAGCUUGAGACAGGAAAGAAGAAGGUGGCUCAACUGCAACAGGAUUUAGGCAAGGCAAAAAAUGUCCAUCAUCAAAUCGAGGCUAGAUGGAAAAGUGAGAAGAUAGAAAAGGAGAAAAUACUUGCGCAGGCUGACUCCAUAAGAAAAGAAAGAGAACAAUGUGAAGCUUUGACAAAAUUGGAGGAGGACGGGAUCAAACUGAGCGCAGAAUAUGAUAUGCGGGAGUAUAUGGAAGACAUUAGAAAAGUUGAGAGCAAGUUAUCAGAACUUAAGUUGAAGUCCGACUCCUCAAGAAUUGCAGCACUAAGAAGGGGCGCUGCCGGAAGCUUUGGAGGUUCCCCGUCAGACAGAAAAGGUGGGCUGGCAACAAAGGGAAACCAAAACGCUGCAAGCUCCAAGAAGGUAAGGAAUUCCCCGGAUUUGAGACAGGACCGUGAGUGUGUGAUGUGCCUAUCUGAGGAGAUGUCGGUGGUGUUCCUUCCGUGUGCACAUCAGGUUGUUUGUGCAGAUUGCAAUGAGCUUCACAAGAAACAAGGAAUGAAGGAUUGCCCUUCUUGUAGGACCCCGAUUCAGCGGAGGAUCAAUGUGCGGUAUGCUCAUCCAUAGCGUGUAAACUUUCUAGCGAGAACGGUGACUGGAUCAAUGGAGGAGACAGUGCCAAACUCAUUCCUGCUAUAUGGUGGAAUCUGUCCUCCUGUUUUUCUGGGUCACUGUUCAAAUAGUUUAGCUCCAAAAAGAUACAGAUACAGAAGAGUUUGUAAAGGGUAGGAAGUUGGUUUUUUCGUUUUAUGAAAUUUGCCUUCUGCAGUGCCCCUUCAUUCUGUUUCUUUUCAACCUGAUUUUUCUGACCUAAAACAAAAUAAAAAGAACUUAAUUGUUACA